GGCUUUUGUAGGAGGAGGAUUUUCGUUUACCAAAGCUGGGGAUUCAAAUUUUAUAACAUAGGUGGUAGCGUUGAGAUGGAAAAACGAUGAUUUCGGAAAUGAUCAUGGAACAAAGAAGAUACAAGCCAGGGAGGAAGAGAAGAUUGUUGGCAGUAUGCGCCUUCGCUGUUUUUUUGUGGAGCGUAGUUUCAGCUCAAUUGAGAUAUUCGAUCUCCGAGGAGGUCAACGAAGGAACUGUGGUUGGAAACAUAGCAAAGGAUCUGGGAUUAGAUAAAAGCACCCUGAAAGAAAGGAGGUAUCGGAUUGUUUCGAGUGGAGCGGAUUCCAUUUUCCAUGUAAAUCAAAACGACGGCAUCCUGUAUGUGAGCCGAAAGAUCGACAGGGAAGAGGUAUGCGCUCAGAGUAGUACGUGCGUCAUAAAUCUAAAAACCGUUCUGGAAAACCCACUGGAAAUCCAUUACGUCGAGGUGGAAGUUCUGGAUAUAAAUGACCAUUCUCCAAUGUUUCCAGAAGAAGAGAAAACCCUCGAGAUUUCAGAAUCCGUGUUGCCCGGAGCAAGAUUUCAGUUAAAAGCGUCGCGGGAUCGAGACAGUGGCCCGUUCUCUGUACAGCAAUAUAAACUAAGCCAAAACGACAAUUUCCGUUUGGAAGUUAAAGAUAAACGAGACGAUGGUAAAAUACCUAUACUGAUUGUCAAAAAAUCUUUAGAUAGAGAAACUGCAAGAAGCCACUCAUUAAUACUGACGGCACUGGAUGGAGGUAAACCUCCGAAAUCUGGUAAUAUGAAGAUUAUAAUUCAGGUUUUGGAUGUGAACGAUAAUGUGCCUGUUUUCUAUAAAGAUGAUUAUUCUGUGACGCUGAAAGAAAAUGCUCUAGAAGGUACAGAAAUCAUUCAAGUGAAUGCCACGGAUUUAGAUGACGGUCCAAACGGAGAUGUAGUUUACUCCUUCAGUAAUAGUAUGAAUCAAGACAUAUUAAACCUAUUUGAUAUCAAUCCAUUGACAGGACAGAUAACUGUAAAAGGUUUAAUAGACUAUGAGGAGAAGGAUGUCUAUGAAUUAGAAAUUCAGGCAUCAGAUAAAGGUCUGGCUCCUCUUACAACAGAGAAAAGUGUCAUUAUUAAGAUAGCAGAUGUGAAUGAUAAUGUACCUGAGAUUGAGGUGACCUCAUUCUCUAGCUUCAUCCCUGAAGAUUCAAGACCUGGAACUACAGUCGCUCUUAUCAGUGUAAAUGACUUGGACUCUGGUCUCAAUGGGAAAGUAAUUUGCUCCAUAGGUGAGGAUGUUCCUUUUGUUCUAUCACCAUCCCUAAAAGACAAAACGUUCUCAUUAGUAACCAAGUCUCCACUAGACAGAGAGAAAGUAUCACACUAUGACCUGACUAUAACGGCUAAAGAUGCUGGCCAGCCCCCAUUAUCAUCUGAAAAGACAAUAAGUGUUGUUGUCUCAGAUGUGAACGACAACAGUCCAGAGUUUUUACUGAGUCCUUAUACUUUCUAUGUCAGUGAGGGCAAUGAUCCAGGAGCUUCAGUAUUUUCUGUUAAAGCUUCUGAUCGUGAUGAGAACGAUAAUGCUCUGAUAUCCUAUCAUAUUGUCAGAGAUGGAAGCGAAGAUAAUAAAAUAUCUUCAUUUCUAAACAUAAACUCUGAUAAUGGACGAAUCACAGCACUGAAAAGUUUUGACUUUGAGACUCUGAAAACUUUCCAGUUCCAAGUUGUAGCCACAGAUUCUGGUUCUCCGUCAUUGAGCAGCAACGUCACAGUGAACGUGUUCAUUCUGGAUCAGAACGACAACGCUCCAGUCAUCCUGUAUCCACUCAGCUCCAAUGGCUCUGCUGAAGGAGUGGAGGAGAUUCCACGCAAUGUGAACGCAGGACACUUGGUGACUAAAGUCAGAGCCUAUGACGCUGAUAUAGGAUAUAACGGCUGGUUGCUGUUCUCACUGCAGGAAGUUACUGACCACAGUCUCUUUGGUUUGGACCGCUACACAGGACAGAUCAGGACACUUCGCUCGUUGACAGAGACAGACGAGGCUGAGCAUAAACUGAUCAUACUGGUCAAAGACAAUGGGAACGUUUCACUCUCAGCAACAGCUACUGUCAUUGUCAAACUGGUGGAGCCCAAAGAGGCUUUUGCAGCUUCUGAUGUUAAAAGUGCAGCAAAACUAGACGAAGAGGACAAUGUUACAUUUUACCUGAUGAUAACUUUGGGCUCAGUUUCAGUUCUUUUUCUCAUCAGUAUCAUUGUGCUGAUUGCAAUGCAGUGCUCCAAAUCCACAGACUAUACUUCUAAAUAUCUACAAGAACCAAAUUAUGAUGGGACACUGUGUCACAGCAUCCAGUACCGAUCUGGAGACAAACGAUACAUGUUAGUUGGACCCAGUAUGAGUAUAGGAUCUACUAUAGUCCCUGGCAGUCAUGCAAAUACUCUAGUGCUACCUGACAGGAGGAGAACAUCUGAGGAGGUAAGACAGCUUCAAACAACCCUUUUUUCCCUAACAAGAAUUACUUCACAUCUAUUUCAGUGGUUAUGGUUUGUGGAAAACCGGUAUGCUGAUAACUAACACAAUUUUAAAUGAACAAUCGCAGAUGUCUUCACUUACUUGUGUUGAUAUUUUUUUUAUAAGAAACAAAUUAUAACUCUUGUAAUCAUCUAUUGCAUGAGCAGAAAAAAAACAACUUCUUACAGGACUAAACCAUAUCAAACUAAAGAUUCACAACAAAAAACUAUCCACAGAGGUGUGUAUUGUGAACAAACUACAAAUGUAAUGCCAAUUGGUCUCAGUCGCUGUCCAUGGUUUCGAUCAAAUUAAUCCUUUUUUCCCCAGCAUGUGUUCAUUGGUUUUAACAGAAUUACAUUACA